UACUCAUGGUCUCCAACUCAGCAGUCCUUCAAUGAGGAAAGAUAUUCUCCUGUUUCAAGGAACAUGAAAGGAUUAUCUGGCAAUCGUAAUCAAUCACAGCUAUGUUCUGCUCAUACUUGUGGUUUAGCAUCCUCUGAAGAUUGUGAACACAGCCACGAUCAUCUUCAUCAUGGCCAGGAGUCAAGGCAAUCAUAUCUUCUCAGCCCAACUGAGAGUUGCCCAAUGGAUCACCAUCGCUGCUCACCACGAAGCUCCAUCCAUUCAGAAUGUAUGAUGAUGCCCAUGGUUAUGGGUGAUCAUAUGUCCAGUAGCACUUUCCCCAGAAUGCAUUACACCUCACAUUACGAUACUAGGGACGAUUGCACCAUGUCUCAUGCAAACACUAAGAUUAACCGGAUCCCUGCAAACUUGCUGGAUCAAUUUGAGAAGCAACUUCCUCUCCAUAGGGAUGGCUUUCACACUUUACAGUACCAAAGGACAUCAACAGCAGCUGAACAACGCAGUGAAAGCCCUGGUAGAAUACGUCACCUUGUUCAUUCAGUCCAAAAACUGUUCACAAAAUCACAUUCUUUGGAAGGAUCUUCCAAGAGCAAUGUAAAUGGGGCAAAGGGAGAUGGCCGAGGUGAUGACCAUCAUCAUGGACAUCAUUCUAAACAUAGUAAAAGAAGUAAAAGUAAAGAGCGAAAGCCUGAAAGUAAGCAUAAAACUGGAAUGAGCAGCUGGUGGAGCUCUGAUGACAACUUGGACAGUGAUAGCACUUACCGAACACCUAGUGUGGUAAAUAGGCAUCAUGUGGACCAUAUCUCUCAUUGCUAUCCUGAAGCUGUGCAGGGACAUUUUGGGGAUCUCUCGUUAAAGACUUCAAAAAGUAACAAUGAUGUGAAAUGUUCAGCUUGUGAAGGUCUUGCAAUGACCCCUGAUGGCAAGUACAUGAAAAGGAGCUCUUGGUCUACACUUACAGUAAGCCAAGCUAAAGAAGCCUAUCGGAAGUCAUCUCUUAACCUAGACAAGCCUCUAGUUCAUCAGGAAAUCAAACCCUCCCUGAGACCAUGCCAUUACCUUCAGGUACCUCAAGAUGAAUGGGGAGGUUACCCUGCUGGUGGUAAAGAUGAGGAGAUUCCCUGCAGAAGGAUGAGAAGUGGAAGUUAUAUUAAAGCCAUGGGAGAUGAGGAAAGUGGAGAUUCUGACACUAGUCCCAAAACAUCACCAAAGGUAGCAGUCCAUCCGGAGUCAUUGUUAAAAUCUAUUGGACAAAGAGCCCUUGGUGACCACCAGAAUCAGAGCUAUCUGCAAGCUACAAGUGAAGUGCCUGGUGGCCAUACCCUGGAUCCUUCGGCAAACUACAAUUCCCCUAAGUUUCGAUCAAGGAAUCAGAGCUAUAUGAGAGCAGUAAGCACACUCAGUCAGGCCAGCUGCGUUAGCCAG